AUGUCUCUCAAGAACGACAAGUUCCCUUCCUCGGCCGCCUUUGACGCCAUCGACGCCGCCCUCAACUCCAGCGAUGCCGAGCGCAAAGAUGCCAUCAAGCAGGGAAAUGGCAUCUAUGCCUUCGUUCUCAAGAACGGAGCUGGCGAGACUGAGAGCUGGCACAUUGACCUCAAGCAGACCGGCAAGGUCGGCAAGGGUCCCGGCGAGAAACCCAAUGUCACCCUCUCCCUUUCCGACUCCGACUUUGGCAACCUAGCCACCGGCAAGGCCAACGCCCAGCGUCUCUUCAUGUCUGGGAAGCUCAAGAUCAAGGGCGAUGUCAUGAAAGCUACCAAGAUGGAGCCCAUCUUCAAGAAAGCCCAGACCAAGGCAAAGCUGUGA